CACUUCAGAAGUGAGCUGGAACUGAGCCCCAAAACCACUCAAAAGCUCCGUGUGAUAUAUUCCUAUGAUUCUGUGGCACUUAAAGUGGUGCCAAACUGCAUUAUUUCUAGUGUAGAUGCACCCUGAUUGAGUGGGUGAAGCCAAGGGGGCACCUGUCUGAAGCUGUUUCUUGGGACGAUGGCAGGAACUUUCAGCCCCAGUUAAAAGAAACAGCCGCUCAAUGUGGGUCUCUGGAAAGGAAGGAAGGUCAGAAAAUCUGGGGGGAAAGGGAACCGUUGGGGCAGCCAAGCUUCAUUCCUGCGAGCCAGUCUUUCCGGACUCAGGGCACACAGAAGGUAAUAUUUAACUGGAUGGAAGGAGAGAGAGCAGCAAAAGGAAGAGAGGAAGGCUAGCAUUUAUUGGAGAACGGUCAACCUCAGCCUCCCCCAACCUUCGCUCUUUCCAUUCUGCAUUGGGAUGCAGCAGCAGACUCCAUCGUCCCCAGCCAGCAUGGUCCUUGGCCCUGUUGGCUAGGGAUAAUGGGAACUGGAGCCAGACACAGUGGGGAGGAGGCACACCGAGUUGGGGACGGUUGCAACUUACUUUCUGUAGGAGAAUAAUGUCCUUUAAUAACAAUAAAAUAAAGGUUGUUUCUUUACUGUUCUUCUUAACCUGAUAGGAAUUUAAUGCUAUCAUUUUCUUCACUGUGUUUUAAACAUUGUCUGACUAUUUUAUAACUAUUUAGAUUUUAGAUUUAGAUCUAGAUUCAUUUUAGGAUUUAGAACAUAUUGGCAGAGAACCCGCAUCAAGGAGACAGAGCGUAAUUGCAUUCAAGGAGUGCAUUGAACAUGACUUUGUCUGAAAACCAUUAGUGCAUUUGCAGGAUCAUCACAGCCCUGCAGGGCGGGCCCCGGGCGCAACUCAAAGACACCAUGGACUUUUGGAGAGCUCAGUUGCAACACCAGCGCAGGAAGACCAAGAAGCCACCCCGAAGGUCCUACACCAUCUACAGAAACCCCACGGAGGCCGACGCAGAUCCUGACCCCGAGGGGCUCCAGAUGAAGGUCGUGGAGGCCGAGGGGCCCCUUCCUCCGGGAGCCACGCUGGGAGGCCACGGCAGCAACGGCGAGAAGGCCAGGGACGCUGGGGCACGAUGCCCUCCAUGGAAAGCUGUCCUCUAUGUAGUCCUUGGGGUCCUCUUCGCCUUCGUCAUGGGCUUCCUUCUGGGCUACGCUUCAUUGAGGAGCUCCUCGUGUCCGACGCCUGGAGACUUGUUGGUGAUGGCAAACGACGAGAGCGCUUACGAAGCGGAGGACGAGCGGAUCGGGGCCCCCAUGUAUUGGGCUGAACUGCGGGAGAUGUUCCAGAAGUAUCUCCACGAGGAGAAGAUCGAAGGCACCAUUCGGAAAAUGAGCGAGGCCCCCCACCCACCUGGGUCCCCGCGCCUGGACACUCUCUCCCGCCACGUCCUGGACGCCUUCGCCUCUUACAGCCUUGACCACAGCUGGACCGACAGCCACUACGUGGGGCUACAGCGGCCCAACUGGCGGCAACCCAGCUUUCUGCACCGAAUGGAUGCCAAUGGGGCCGUGCUGGAGAAACUGCCCCUCGGCGACCCGGAGGUCUAUUGUCCCUAUAGCGCCUCUGGCACCGUCACGGGAAACCUGGUCUUUGCCAACUACGGGCGCCAAGAGGACUUUGCGUUCCUGAAGCAGCGCGGCGUUGACCCCCAGGGCCACCUGGUCAUCGUCCGCAUUGGCCAGAUCAGCUAUGCCGAGAAGGUGGCCAACGCAGAAGCUUCCAAAGCCAAAGCCGUCCUUAUUUAUCCAGACCCCUUUGACGUGCUGCAAGACCCCCGAAAAUUAGGACUGUCCCCAAACACAAGCAUUUAUGGACACGUCCACAUGGGGGCUGGGGACCCCUAUAGCCCUGGGUUCCCCUCCUUCAACCAUACCCAGUUCCCCCCGGUCCAGUCCUCCGGACUCCCCAAAAUCCUCGCUCACCCCAUCAGCGCUGAGGUAGCUGCCCGACUGCUCAGACAGGUGAUGGGUCCCCCAGCCCCCCAAACCUGGAAUGGUCGACUGCCUGGGGUCCCCUACCAGCUGGGACCGGGGGCACCAGAUUUCCGGCUAGAGUUGCGGGUUCAAAACCUCAAGCAGUCCGUCAUGAUCAACAACAUUUUUGGGUGCAUCGAAGGUCGCUUUGAGCCAGAUCACUAUGUGAUUGUGGGUGCCCAGCGGGAUUCUCUGGGACCCGGAGCCGCCCGGUCUGGGGUUGGCACUGCCAUAUUGCUGGAACUGGCACGAACCUUUACAGCUAUGGUGCGGAACGGGUUCCAGCUACGAAGGAGCUUGCUUUUUGUCAGUUGGGAUGCUGGGGAUUUUGGCAGCGUGGGCUCCACCGAAUGGCUUGAGGGCUAUCUCACCAUGUUGCACCUCAAGGCGGCUGCUUACAUCAGUCUGGACAAUGCUGUCCUGGGAGACGACAAAUUCUUUGCCAAGACCAGUCCAGCUUUGAUCGGCCUCAUUGAGAGCAUCGUCAGGCAGGUCGAUAGUCCGAACCGCAGCGGCCAAAGCAUCUUUGACCAGAUGACCGAACAAGGCCGGCGUUGGGAGACCGAAGUGAUCCAGGCCAUCCCUAUGGACAGCAGUGCCUUCGCCUUCACCUCUUUUGGGGGCGUCCCAGCCGUGGAAUUCUCCUUUGCAGAGGACGCCCGUCCGUAUCCGUUCCUCAAUACGAUGCUGGACACCUACGACAACCUUAACCGCGCUCUCUACGGGCGCCUGCCCGCCGUGGCCAAGACCGUGGCGGAGGUGGUGGGUCACCUGCUGAUCAAGCUGACCCAUGACCACCUCCUGCCCCUGGAUUACUGGUGCUACGGAGACGUCCUCCUGCAACACAUUGGCCGGUUCAAUGAGUACACCACCCAGCUGAAGAGUCGUGGGCUGACCCUGCAGUGGAUGUACUCGGCUCGGGGCGACUACACGCGGGCGGCCGAGAAGCUGCGGAAGGACAUCUACGGCUCGGAGGAACACAACGAGCGCCUCUUGCGCAUGUACAAUGUCCGCAUCAUGCGGGUGGAGUUCUACUUCUUGUCCCAAUAUGUGGCAGUCACGGAGACCCCUUUCCGGCACAUCCUUCACGGCCGGGGCCCCCACACGCUGGGGGCCCUUUUGGAGCACGUUGGCCGCUUGCGAGAGGCUCCGGAGACCUUUGACGAGACCCUUUUCCGCCGGCAACUGGCCCUGGUCACUUGGACGCUGCAAGGGGCGGCCAACGCCUUGAGUGGCGACGUCUGGAAUAUCGACAACAACUUCUGAAGAUGGAUAGAAACAUACCCAAAAAUCCCCCCAAGGGUACCCCCCCUUUCCCUAACUGGGGCUGGCCCAGGAGGGGGCAAAAUUUCGAGCUGGGAUUGGAAGACUCCGAAUUAUUCAAGAUCCUCCUUCCGCUUGCACCAGUUUUUUGGUACAGCAUUCCCCAACCUUGAAGGCUGGGAACAGCAUAGAAAAGUCUGGCCACUUUGCCAUUUGUAAUUGUUGUUUAAUGACAGCAAGCAAAUUACAAAUGGCAGAGUGGGCAAAUUUUUCGAGGUCUUUCCCCAACCUGUCAUCCUUGAAGGCUGGGAAUGGCAAAGAAAGGUUUGGCCACUUUGCAAUUAUAGCUUUUCUAUACCAUUCCCAGCGUUCAAAGGCACCAGGUCGGGAAGGCCAAGAAAGGUUUGCAAUUUGUAAUUUUCACGAUCAUACGUGUGUGUGUGUGUUGGAGUUUACAGAAUUUGUUUGCCAUCAUUAAACACAAAUUACAACUUGCAAAGUGACCAAACUUUUCUAUGCCUUCCCCAGCCUGGUGCCUUUGAAUAUUGGAAAUGGCAGUUUGGUCACUUUGUAAUCUGUAAUUUUUGUUUAACAUUGGCAAACGACUUCUGCAAUUCCAAUACACAGAAAAUUGGCCUCACCUCUAAAUCCUCCUCCUUCUCCCUUUCCUGAUCCUUCCUAAUCCCAGUCUUAAUAUAGCAGUGGCAGGGGCCGCUAGAAAUUCUUUGGGUAUUGCUAUGCAAUAGGAUAUCUCCCCAAUCCAAUCACCCCCAUUUCACUAAUCACCCCAUUUUCUUCCUUGCCCCCCUAAUUUGUCAGCAGCAGUGCCUGCUGUAAAUUGCAUUGAUUUAUUGCUAUGUGAUAGACCAGAAUCCUUUCCCCUUUCCGAUUUCCACGAUGUUUUAACUGUUCCUCCGCUGCUUUCCCAUUUGUCUUCUUGUGCCAAUUCCUUGGGUCCCACUUAACUGUUUAUCAGUGGCAGUGAUCACUAUAAAUGUUUAUUGCUAUGCGAUAGAAUGAAGACUGACCAGAUUAAUAAUCACUGGAACCUUGCUAAUUUAUCAGUGGCAGAGAUCACUAUAAAUUAUUUCUUCUAA